AUGGGUUCUUUAGCUGUGCAGUCGCACUUUUCUAGCCUGAUUGAGGCUCCUUAUGAUGAAGCAUUCGUUGUAAUGCAGUCAGUUGCAGCAGACCCCACGCCUGAUAAGGUCAACCUCGGUCUUGGCGUCUACAGGGACGAUGAUGCACAGCCUUGGACAUUGCCGUCCGUCAAAAAGGCACAAGCACAGAUCCAAGACAAUCACGACUAUCUACCCGUUGCCGGACUUCCCACAUUCGUCGAAGCUGCCAGGAAACUCCUCCUGGGAGAUGUCCUCGAGACCGUCAAGAGUCGCUUGACAACUGUACAGACCAUUGCUGGGUCCGGAGCCAUUCAUAUGGGAGCCUUGUUCUUAGACAAGGCAGUCAGACCUGAGAAUGUCUGGAUCUCAGAUCCAUCCUGGGCAAGCCACGAGCAAAUCUGGGAAAAUGCUUCACCAAAAACUCAUCGCAGGUUCUAUCCAUACUUUGAUCACAAGACCAAGUCUCUCGACCUGGAAGGUAUGGUAACGACUCUAAGACGAGACGCACAACCGGGCGACAUCAUUAUCCUGCAAGCCUGCGCCCAUAACCCCACGGGAUGCGACCCAACACAGAAGGAGUGGAACAUCAUUGCCGACGUUUGUGAAGAGCUCAGCAUCAUCCCAUUCUUGGACAUUGCCUACCAAGGAUUCGCAUCUGGCGAUGACCACCACGACGCCUGGGCAGUCCGUCACUUCGUUGGCAGAGGAACGAUGGAGGUCCUGGUCGCUCAGUCAUUCUCUAAGAGCUUCGGUCUCUACGGUCACAGAGUCGGUGCUCUCCACAUCCUCGCUCAUGAUUCAGCCGCAGUUCCUGCCAUCAAAUCCAACUUGCUACAAUUCAUCGGCUCCGAGUACUUGACACCCUCAGCAUGGGGUGCACGCAUUGUAUCAACCAUUCUCAAUGAUCCCGAACUCACAAGAGAGUGGCGACAAGACUUAAGGAAGAUGAACGCUCGCAUCAAGAGCAUGCGAGCGUUCCUAUUCGUCGAGCUCACGAAGCGAGGCACUCCUGGCUCUUGGAGACAUAUCAUCGAUCAGAUUGGGAUGUUCUCUUACACUGGUCUCACAGCUCCCCAAGUCAAGACGAUGAGGGAGGAACAUCACAUCUACCUAUUAUCAACAGGAAGAGCGUCCAUAUCAGGAUGUAAGUUAGAGCUCGAGAUUGCCCCAUUCGAUGGUUUCCGUGCUAAUUUCGUCGAAAGUGAAUAG